ACAUCACAACACAACAAAACAAAAACACAGCUCAAAAAGAUAGAUGCAGCGAAGAAAAGCAAAAAAACAGACGCUGCGAAAUCGACAAGGACUCGAAAAAGGAAACUUGGUAAUUUGCAAGACUUAGAUACGCGACACAAGGAUGAGCACUUCCGGCGCAGUUGAUCAGUACACGGUGCUAACCGGCGACCGUUCCAAGAUCAAGGAUUUGCUCUGCAGCCGCCUUACGGAAUGUGGCUGGCGGGACGAGGUGCGUCUGAUGUGCCGCAACAUCCUGAUGGAGAAGGGCACCAACAACAGCUUCACCGUAGAGCAGCUGAUCGCCGAGGUAACACCCAAGGCACGCACCCUGGUCCCGGAUGCCGUCAAAAAGGAGCUGCUUAUGAAGAUACGCACCAUUCUCACGGAAAUUGAGGAGGAACCCGAUGAGCCAGAGGACGAAUCCUAACUUUAACUCAGCGUCAUUGGAUUUGUAUAUUAAUAAAGUUUAUUUGUACGAUUUU